AUGAUGAUGAAUUACACAAGUACCAUAAUACAGAGCAUGCAGAAUUGUACCCUGUUACAAGGACCAUUGGCAGUGCCAAUAUCUGAAUCUGUCUUGAAUCUGACAAGAAGGGAAAAGUUAUUAGGUGGAGCACUUCUCUACAUCCAUUUCCCCUAUUCCUUAAUUACACUAAUAACAUCAUUCAUAAUUUACAGAAUUAUUUCCAUGACACCAUUGAAAUCAAACAUUAAAGGGGUUACGUUACCCAUUUGGUCCAAAGUUUUAUUCCACAUCUCAGCUCUGGUACCAUUGUUAAUAGUCGUAACAACAAUCAUACUGAAUUUACAAACUGGGUGGGAGAUUCCAAUUUUGUCAAGUAAGUCAUUUUUAAGAAGAUUUUUUAUCGCAAUUUCUUGGUCUCGAUGUAUUCAAACAUUUCUUUCGACUACAACAAAUACCAUGCCAUUGAGUGAUAAUGAUUAUAAUCUAUUUGAAUUAUCUAUCCAAUUUCAUUAUAUGACCCUCUUUGAAGACAAGAAUAAAAUAUAUUCAUUAGAUAUAAUGAUGGAAUUGGCAAGCAGAAUAGUGAUUCAUAUCCUGGAACUAUUAAAUUUAAGAUCAUAUUGGUUUAUUUCAAAUACCAUUUUAAGAUUAUCAUUUUUCGUAUAUUUAUUAUCCAAUUUUAACCAAAUUCCAUAUUACUUUAUGAUUAGGGAGUCUACGAAUAUAUUAUCUCUUACCAUAAUCAUAAUAUAUUCUAUAUUUAGUGGUUCAUUAUCUGCCACAUUCAAUUCCAUAAAACACCAAAGAGAGGAUGAGGAAGAUGAGAUGGGAGAGGAGGGGUUUUCGACACAUAUAUUUAAUUUGGCGACGUAUUUCGUAUCUGGCAAUUGCAAAAACGGUACAAUCUCGGUGAAACAGCAUUCUAAGCAUAUUGAGAUAAAUCCGGAAACUAGGAAACAUUCAUACAUUCUAAGUGGUUACUUGAUUCAAAGAAAGACAAACCCUGAAGAUUUUCCCAUUUUAACCAAAAAGAGAAAAAGAAAUUCCAUAUGGACAACUUUAAUAGGGAGAAUAUUAAACACUUUAGACCUUUUGCGUUAUUGCUUCAUAAAACUGAAAACUAGUUUAUCUAGAAGGAAAACCCCCUUUAGAGCAUCAAAUCAGCAAGAACAAUUGCCCAUCAGAUCAAUGGGAGGAAUGGACCUGAAUAAGUUUAUUGAUGAAAGUAAUUAUAGAUUUAUCUUAACUAAGAUGGAUCCAAAACUAUGUUUAUAUGAUCCAGAACUAUACCUCCUCCCUGAAAGUGAUACUUCGCCAGAUUAUAUUCCGGAGGAUAUUGAAUCUAUUUCAGACUCAGAAUUGGAUUUCCAAUGCGAAUCAGACUCUGGAUGCGAACAUGAAAUUCAGGUGGUUAAAGAAACAGACCAUGAUGAGCUUUUAGAUUUAUUGUUUUCAGAGCCUAUUGCUGACCCAAAAUGGUAUUUAUCAAUAUGGUCCAUCUUAACGACGAACAAAUCAUUAGGCGAUACUAAUAGAUUAACAAGGCUGCAGUAUAGUAAAUUAAAUCAAAAGGAAAUUCUUCAAAGUGUUAUUUUUCAAAUGAGAAACAAGAAUAAUGAUAAUGAUAAUAAUGACGAUACACAUUCAUUUGUUAUGGAUGACGAUGAACUCGAGUUAAAGUGUUUGGUUUGUGAAAAACAUAAUAGGAAUAUUGUGCUAUGGCCAUGUAAAUGUCUUGCCAUAUGCGAACACUGUAGGGUAACAUUAGGAUCAAGGGGCUUUAAAUCUUGCGUUUCAUGUUCUACUGAUGUUGAAAGUUAUACAAAACUGAACAUAGUAUGA